CCACGCCACCUCUGUUCCGUUGUCUCGGUCAGCUUCUCUACGUAAGCCUCCAUCGUGCGCGCUCCGUUCAACCACCAUUUCUUGACCCGAGAAGAAGCUUCGAAUCUUUCCUCGAACCGCCAUCGAAGGAAAUUCCGUCGAAUCUCGUCGAGCUGUGUGCUCCAAACCCCUCGGUACCUUUCAAGAUUUACCCGAUUCUCUGGUUUCCGCCCGCCAGAUAGGAAGCAGACACGAUCGCAGCACGAGCUGUCGACCCUGCAUCUUCUGCAUAUGACGAUCUCGCGGGUUUCUGCUGCUUCUCUGUUCUGUUGGGUCUUCCUCAGCUUCUUUCCAGGAUGCUUGCUUGCGGCAGUUGUCACGCUCGAUUCUAUUGAAAUAUAUAGGACUCAUGAGUGGUUCAAGGCUAAGCCAACGGUUUAUUUCCGAUGUAAGGGGGAGAACAAAACUGUUUUGCCGGAUGUGAAGGAAGCAAAUGUCUCGUAUUCCUUUAAAGGUCAAGAAUCUUGGCAGCCCCUUACAGAAUUUUCAAACGAAAAAUGCAAGCGAUGUGGGUUUUAUGAGGAGGACACCCUAAAGUCAGAUGAUACCUUUGAAGAAUGGGAGUUCUGUCCUUCAGAUUUUAGCUCUUCGGAUGGAAGAUAUACGAGAAUCAAGGACAAGGAGUUUACUGCUACUUUUCUAUGUCCACAGUGUGUACCUAUGAAGGCUGAUACCAAUACAACCCCUGCUGCUGAUAGAAAAGGGAGAGGAAUGCAUGCUGCUCUUGUCAUAAUGAUUAGCGUUCUAGUUUCGACUGUUCUACUUGUCGGGUUGGUAGCUGCUUACAAGUAUUGGCAGAAAAAGAAGAGGGAGCAUGAACAGGCUAGAUUUCUGAAGCUAUUUGAAGAUGGUGAUGACAUCGAGGAUGAGCUAGGACUGGGUUCUGUUUUAUGACUUCGGUAUUCUGGUUCAUAACCUUAUUGUACAGCAGCACAUUCUUAAUGGCGAAAAUUUUUGCUUGUAAACUUGGACCUGAAAUAGAGUACAGUACGAAGCACGCUCCUCUGUUUGUAUGUU